AUGGCUGCCGAGCAGGACAAGACCGCUGCCGCUGCUGUUCCCGCAGAGGCGCCUGCAGCCCCCUCUGUCGUCGAGCCUGCCCCCAAUGCUCCUGUAAAGGCUGCUGAUGAGCCCGUGUCUGAAGCCGGAGCUUCAACCCCGGAAACACCUUUGACCAAGCUCAAUGGACGUCUGGAUGACAUCUUCAGCAAGGCUCAGCACAAAGAGAUGUGGGGUGUCCAGCUCUCCAACAUCGAUCAUGUCCCUACAAAGGUUGUUCUCCAGAAGUUCCUCCGCGCCAACAAUGAUGACCCUGUUGCCUCUGAGAAGCAGCUUACCCAAGCUCUGGAGUGGCGCAAGAAGAUGAACCCCACAGCGCUGGUCACUCAGACCUUUGACAAGACCAAGUUCGGCGAUCUUGGUUUCGUCACAACCCACAAGGGAGAGAAUGGCAAGGAAACCAUCAUCACCUGGAACAUCUAUGGUGCCGUCAAGAACAACAAGGCCACUUUCGGCGAUGUUGACGAGUUCAUUAAGUGGCGUGCUGCCAUCAUGGAGCUCAGCGUCCAGAAGCUCAAGCUGGAUCAGGUCACUGGGCCUAUUCCCGAAGGAGGCGAGGACCCUUACCAGAUGAUCCAGGUUCAUGACUAUCUCAGUGUCAGCUUCUUCCGCAUGGACCCUGCUGUCAAGGCCGCCAGUAAGGAGACCAUCUCUGUUUUCUCCAUGGCCUACCCAGAGCUGCUUGCUCACAAGUACUUUGUCAACGUUCCUGCCAUUAUGGGGUGGAUGUUUGGCGCCAUGAAGCUCUUCCUGGCUCCUGCUACCCUUCGCAAGUUCCAUCCCAUGUCCUCUGGCACUACCCUGGCUACAGAGCUGAAGAGCAUUGCUCCUACUUUGCCCAAGGAGUACGGUGGCCUGGGUCCCAGUGUCAAGGAGGGUCAGUCUGUUUCUCUAGUUGAUCUUGGCGAGACUCCCGCCGAGAGUGCUGCUACCGAGCCUACUCCUGUCGUCGAACCCUCUCACGAUGUUGAACCUACCUCUGCCGAGAAGGCUCCUGUUGCUGUCGAGUCUAUACCCGUUGCUGAGAAGAUUAAUACUGUUGAGCCAACCGUUGCCGUACCUGCUCCAGCCCCAGUUCCCGCUCCCGAGGAAGCCGCCAAAGCAGAGACGGCCGGGAAAGCAGUUGAGCAGGCUGGCGAGAAGCCCAUUGAGGAGGCCCUUGAGAAGCUGAGCGUCAACCCAACUGAGGAAACUGAGCAGAAGCAGGCCACUGCUGCCGGAGCCGAGAAGAGGGAAACAGCUGCUUAA